CUGAUGUUGUAAAAUCGUGGACAGGACGCAUGCUUUCACAUGGAAUAUUUUUGUAUGUGUUUUAAGCUUAUGCGAACAAGGCGUAAAUUGCUUGUUGAUGAAAGCAGACCCCUGUCUAUGUAAUUAUUACUAUUGGCGUGACCAGGCCUCUACAAUUGGCGUAACCACAGAUAAAUCCAUCACAUCACUUACUGUGGGAAUAACUAGUGAAAGUUGGAUUUGAAUGCAAAGGAAUUAAAACAUCCCAAUAAGAACUCAUAGAUCGAUCCCAUUGCACUUUUUUCAACCAUUAUCUUGAUUUUCCCUGGAAAUACACAAGACAGGACUGACGACACCCUAAAAUAAGUUGACACGGAGUUCUUUGCAAAGAUCUAAAUCGCAAACUGGACAGAGAAAAUAGAUUCUAAAACGAAGAUGAUGAGAAAAUGCUGUCAUUGGUGCCGAUAAUUAAUCAAAUCAACUGAUCGACCAAUCAAAUUUCGAGCUGAUGUGUCCACGUUUGAUUUUAUUGAACUGAAUUUAUUUCUUGUGAUAUUUGAUUACGCUCCCCGUGCUCUGUGACGAUAUAUAAAGAAAUAUAUUGGAUUUUUCAUCAUAUAGGAGUGCUUCUUGCCUCUUUCAGUGGUAGAGAAAAAUUCUUUUAAUUACACGAUUUAUGGUAUAUUUAAGACCUAUAAUUCACAAAAACCCAAAGGUCUGUCAACUGGGAAAGUUCAAGUGGAUUAAUGGAAUUUAAAAAAUCUAUACUAUAAACAAGACUUAUGGUAACUAUUGCCAAGGUUGGAGAGUUCAUUUCCAGUCGGGAUUAGCCAUUAACACCAGUUUACUCACCAGACUAAGGUAUAUUUUCCCCGAAAACAAUGCCUGCAUACUGAAAAAGUAACAAACAAAAGAUACAUGACGAUGAAGUUACCGACAGUACACCACAUCCCAAUUUUUUGUGGAUUAUACACAAAAUGAGGACUGCCCUCUCCAGAAAAACGUGUCUUUGGUCAAUGGAAGUUAAUGAAGUUUAGUUUUACUUCUUGUGUUUUAUGAUAGUGCCAAAAUAGUUUGCAGAGGAGAAUGUUAUUUCGAGAAAAGGGAUAGAGGGUUGGAGGAUGGAGUUUUAACUUAAUGCGUAAUCUGCCCACAAUUUUGACUCAGAUGUAUAUGUUUCAUUCUUCAAGAGCGGAUACAAAGAAUUAAUUUUUUCUUGCAUUGAAUUUUGAGGAAAUCCUCGUUCCUAGGGGAGUAUAAGUGUCGUGUUCGUCAGUAACCGGGUCCCUCUGGACACGAUUACGGUGUCUACUUCCAAACAAAACAAUUCUAAUAAAAUCAAGUAAGGCAUCAAAUUUGUCAACAGUGUGUCACAGACGCGAUUGAAACUGGAAUAUUUUCUCAAAUAGAAAAUGUUUUCUCAAGUAUUUAAGACUGUGGAUUGUGCAGUAUUGGGUUGAAUGAGAUUUCUGGAAUGGAGGAACAGACAUUUCCAACUAUCAAUAUUAACACAUCAGUGGUGUAUUCGCUCUCAAAUUUAACUGCUCUAAAUCUGAGCACCACCGAGUUUCCAAGGCCCAAGGAAACGACAUCGGGAAUCCCGGAAUCCCCCUACACACCAUGGGAACAGGCGAUUAUACUAUUUUUCCUCAUUUUAAUGAUGAUCGGGACGAUCAUAGGAAACUCUUUGGUAUGCAUAGCCGUAGCUUUGGUAAAACGACUGCAAACGCCGUCAAAUCUCCUCAUUUUGUCCCUCGCAUUAUCCGACCUUCUGGUAGCUGUCUUAGUCAUGCCAUUUGCAGCAACCAAUGAGACUGCAGGUCAUUGGCUGCUGGGGGACAUCGUAUGUGAUAUUUUUACGUCACUAGACGUGAUCUUGUGUACCGCUUCUAUUUUGAAUUUAUGCAUGAUAAGUGUGGACAGAUACCUUGUAAUCACUCGACCGUUUCAGUACGCAAUGAAGCGUACACCACGGAGGAUGGCUGUUAUGAUUGCUAGUGUGUGGAUGUUAUCUGUUGUGAUUUCAAUUCCCCCUCUGUUGGGAUGGAAAUCGGAAAGGCCUGACUAUGUUUGUUUUAUUAGUCAAAACAUAGGAUACCAAAUCUAUGCAACUCUUUUGUCCUUCUAUAUUCCACUAAUGGCGAUGAUAUUUGUGUACUUUCGUAUUUGGCGGGUAUCAUCGCGUCUCGCUAAGAAGGAAAUGAAAUCUCAGCCUGGUAGUAUUGAUAAAGGAGCUGAAAUACUCUACCUUCCGUCUCAUCGCACUCCAAGGCAUAGCAAAGAAAGUGACUAUGGAACGCAUCCGAACGGAAUUCUCAAAAACGGUGGAUGUGGUGACAAUUGUAGUAGUAAAAAAAGUUCAAAAGAGGAGGAGGAAUCCAUGUUAGAUAUGUUAGCUAACCAUAGGAAUAAUAAUCGCCGGAGAUUCACACUGAAGUCACUGCUAAGUCGUAAUAGCAAGCACUCUCAUAAGGAGAGGCGAGCAAUAAAGACACUAGGGGUCAUAAUGGGCGGUUUCACCGCGUGCUGGUUGCCAUUUUUUAUUCUUGCCGUCAUUCGACCUUUUUGUGGUGUGAACGAGGAAAAUUGUUCCAUUCCAGGAAGUCUUAUGAGCAUUUUUAACUGGUUAGGUUAUUUCAAUUCAUUUUUGAACCCCUUGAUUUACGCUCGAUUCAACAGAGAAUUCCGAACUCCAUUUAUAGAAAUUCUCUGCUGUAGAUGUCGUAAAAUAAACAUUCGGAUCCGCUCGGAAAGUUAUGCUGAGAAGUAUGGUGAACCAACAGUGCUAAGGGACACGACAUUUAGGGAUAGUCUGAAACCCGUUACAGACACUGUAGUACGGUAUGAUAGCCAAGGGGUAACGAAUGUGCAUAUCGGAAACGGCAGUGCCGAUAAUUACGAUAAAGACAGAGAAAGUGUUGUGUAAUAAUGGAUACCAGCCACUUAGCUGUUUAAAUAGAGCAUAAUGAUAUUUCUAUAAGGGUACAAUUUGCGUCCACAAAGCGUUUGCUAAGUCAGUGCUUGAGCAGCGAGCGCUGUACUUGUUGUUAAUGACGGUAUGUAAGGUUCUGUAUACAGAGCAACCCUCCCUUUUAUAUCUGUGAUACAAGUAAAUUGUUAUAAUUUGUUGAUAUGUGAACUUGCCAAAUUGCAGAAAUUUAUGUAUAAGUUAUUGUUAGGUAUCAAGUUUAAUUAUUCUACAUUUGAGAUUAACCAUGACUUGGGAUUUUCAUUAGGAACAUACAUUGCUUUGUAGACCCUAUUUUACAAAUCGAUUUAAAAUUAAGCUGUAAAAAUUUUAGCCUUCUUAAUUUUCAUAGUAGAUAGAAAAAAAUGCUUGUCUAAAAUUUAUCUAAAUAAUUUUUCCAAUUCACACAAAUUUCACGUUCAUUUUCUUUGAAGAAAGAAAUAUAUUUCGGAAAUAUAUCUUUAUCUUAAUAUUAAAUCUUUUUGUAAAGCAGGCAUCUCUAUUG